UUGAGAGAACUUUUAGACUACGACAUUGUUUUGAACUGCUUUUUUUCAGGGACAAUGAAAUGCCAUUACGAGGUAUUAGAAGUAGCUAGGGACGCAGAUGAAGAAACGAUCAAGAAAGCAUAUCGGAAAUUGGCUUUAAAAUGGCAUCCUGACAAGAAUCCUGAUCGUAUCGAAGAAUGCACGAAAUAUUUCGCAUUAUUACAAUCUGCUUAUGAGGUGCUAAGCGAUCCUCACGAGAAGGCAUUUUAUGAUAGGCAUAGGGAAAGUAUUUUGAGGGGAUUUGGUACUGAGUACAAGCAGGAUUCCCUCGAUCUGUUCCAGUUCUUCACUACUAGUUGUUAUAAAGGAUUUGAUGGAGAGAAGGGUUUCUUCUCGGUGUACAAAAAAGUUUUCGACACAUUAGCCCGUGAAGACUACGACUUCAUAGAGGACCCAACUGUGCAAUAUCCAACAUUUGGCGAUGCUUCCUCUGACUAUGAUACGGUGACGGGUCCAUUCUAUGGAUUCUGGAGCUCGUUCUGUACAGCUCGCUCUUUUGCUUGGCUCGAUAAGUACGAUGUAAGACAAGCUAAUAACAGAUAUGAGCUACGUCAAAUUGAAGCUGAGAAUAAGAAAUAUAGGGAAGCCGGUAAAGCAGAGCGAAAUGACCAAGUCAGAGAGUUGGUUGCGUUCGUCAGGAAACGUGACCCUCGUGUCAAGGCGUAUAGGGAACUGCUAGAAAAACGACAAGAGGAGGCUAAGAGGAAACAGGAAGAGAAUCGCAAACAGCAGAUUCUGCGAAAUCAACAGCUUUUGUCGGCUUUUCACGAGAACGAACAUGCUGUAGCAGCUCAUCGAGCAUACAUGGAAGAACUGACACAGCAGUUAGCCGAAGAUGAGACAUGUAGUGAAGUAGAGGACGAAGAUGGGGAAGAGUUACCGUAUUGCGUCAUUUGCGAUAAACAUUUCAAGACCAUGAACGCAAAAAUCAAUCAUGAGAACUCAAAACAGCAUCGGAAACAACUUGCUGAACUGAAGAAGCACAUGAAAGAAGAAGACCACGCUUUAUUUGUGACACCGCAAAAACCUGAAGAUAGAAAAGGCAAGAAGGCAAAAAGACGAGCUAAGAAGAAAAUGGUAUGGGACGAGGAAAAUGAUUUGGAAGCAGGAGAUGAAGAUGAGGUUCUGAAAGAAGAAGAGGCGAAAACUCAAGCACUCUUUUCCUCUCCCGCAAUCUCAGUUUUUCAUAACACCAUUGUUUCAGCAGAAAAGAAAAAUCCCGAUCCUUCAACUAAACCUGUGAGUGCUCCCAUAGACACUGGUCCGAAGGAAAGCGCAUGCCAUAAAUGCAAGGAAGUUUUCGAGAGUCGAACGAAAUUGUUUGAUCAUCUGAAGCUCACCGGCCAUGCGACAAUCAAAAAGCCUCAGCCUCCGCCGAAGAACAAAAAAGGCAGGCGGAAUUGA